GUGCGAGCAAGGGGGAUGGUUAUUGUUCACGGAGGGAAAUUUAAUCCACUAACAAUUAUACGAAAUCAGGUUGUAAAAUACAAAUGCCAAAUGAUAGGUCGUGUUUUGCUAGCUUCAGUAGUAUCGCGUUAAAUGCGCAUGCAUAGGUACAGGAUGCUUUCCUGUCGUGUCUCAGGUUAUAUUAGCUAUGCUAGCACUAGCAUGUUGCACAACUGUGGUAAACUAUGAGCCAAGAGGGACAAGAACUCAGUAGUUAUUGUUGAGCUGUGUUCAUACCUGGAUCAUGGACCAAAAGUCGAAGAGGCUCGAAAGUGAACUAUGUAAAGCCGUAAAUGAUGGAGACCCCAGGUCUGUGCAGGCUCUCCUGACCAAAGGCGCCCAGGCUGAUGUAGUGAGCAGAGGAGGAGUGGCAGCGAUCCACCUGGCUGUUGGCAAAGAGGCAGAGAAAAAUCUGCGCUGCUUAAAAUUGCUGCUUCAGAAUGGAGUAAACCCGAAUGUCAAAUCUGCAGAUGGGCUGACACCUCUCCACAUUGCUGCAAUUUGGGGAUGCUUCCAAAAUUUGAAACUACUUUUGACCAAUGGAGGGGAUCCCAACUUGACAGACAAUGAUGGGAAUACGCCACGGCAACUUGCAGAACAACAAGAUAACAGGAAAUGUGCACAGCUUCUUCAGGAGUAUCAAAGAGAUUCUGGAGAUACAGAAGAAGAGGACCUGCCUCGCUUUUCUUACUCUGUUUAUUCUGACCAAACGGACACAUCCAGCUACCCAGACUCAGAAUUUAGCUUUAGCUCUUCUUCAUCAAGGAUCAGCGACUUUGGUGAAUGCCCUUUAAGCAGCACAAGACGCUCUUCGUUUUUCAACAUGAAUGGAAGACUCAAUGGAAGAGGACUGUCACACAGACUUUCUGACAUGGUUGAUCAAAGAAGAUAUAGCCGGGAGUGGAACAGUUGGGCAUGUGAGGGCCCUUCCAUUUUAUCAAGCACACGCAUGUCAGCUGCUGGACUAGUAGGUGUUUUACCAGUUGUUGAGGAGCACGUUUUGUGGAGAGAUGUGGACAGAAUCUCCCUUUCAAAAAAAGACACACAUCCUGUUCUUCCUUCUCAACAAACAAUACGGAAAAGUGUCUCAUUUAGAGAUGUAGAUGAACACUUUCCUGUGUUUAGUCCCGAAACUCCCAAACAAGAACCCAUCGAAGACGCAUCUCGGAGUUUGCCCUUUGACCCCACAGAAUACUCAGACUUUUUGGACUCAGAGCGCAUGGCCACGGUUUGCCAGACACAGGGCAUUGAUGUCACCUCCCCAGAUCAUGUUUAUGUGUUCUGUAGGGAAAGCAGUGAGAGCACGGAUGAGAACCUGGAGAAAACUGUGAUUAGUCAGUGUACUUUUGACGAGAGUGAUGAGGAGGAACAGCAGCCUGGAAAUGUCAAAGCAGUUCAGACUGAGAAGCUGGGGAGUGGCAGCAGCAGUGGAACCACAAGUAGCCAUUACAGUAGCUGUGAUAGUGACCGUUACACAAGUGCUUUAGAGGGUCCAGCAACUAAUAGUGCUCAUGCUUUUGCAGAAGAAUGCCCAGAAAUGACCUCUAACACAGAUUCCACAGAAGCAGAGGGAAAAGGCAAAAAAGAUCAUUAUAAAAUUGGGCAGGCGUAUCCUCAGCCAGGUUCAAAAUAUAAUAACAUAGAACAUUUAUCAGACAGCUUUCAUAACUUGGCCUUGUCUGAAACCAAUCACCAAAAUGAUGAUGCAACUGCCCUGUGUAAUGUUGCAGAUGAAAUGAAGCUAGUGACUGAAAACCCCCCGGCGGAUUUAUUUGACCAAGAUCUGUCUUUUACUCCAAGUCCUUUUGUCACGGGCAGGACGCGCUCGCGCUUGAGUCGCUGCUCAAUAAGGAUGAGCAAAACACCAGAGAGUCUUCUGAUCACCUCCGCUUUGUUUGAGGACACUGUUCCUACACCUGUCAGAUCUCGCAGACAGACGCCUCGGUCUCAAAGCAGUGAAAACAAUUACAAAGGCCUCUAUACAGCAAGCACUUCCUCAUAUUAUCCCAUCAACAACAACGAAGGAGACUUUGUGUCAAGAGACUACCAAGACACACAGUCCAGCACUUUGAGAGCCAGCUCCAGUGUUAGCAGUAGUCAAGCAGAUACUAUCAAUCUCUCGCAGACCGUCAAUGACACUAUUCCCUUUGUUGAAUCACAAGGUGACACGUUUAUCUUGGACAAAGAAAGUGAAAUUAUGGAUGCGUAUGAAAAGAAUUUUGCUGAGAUUGUAAAAGCUAUACAAAACAAAGCUUCAGAUAACAAGGAUUUUCUGACUGACGAUGUGACAAGUACAGAUGAUGGGAAAAGUGAUGUGCAGAAAGAUAAGUGUACAACCUCAGAGCACGAUGAAAAAGAGGAUGAAGUCUGGAUAACAGAAGACUGCAGUUCUCAGCCUGGAUCGUUGUCCUCUUCAUCCAGCUCCAGUUAUUUCUCCCCGAAGAGAUCUCGGGAGGACUCUGAUCCCCCAUGCACCCCAGGCACUGGAUGCACCCCACGAUACAGCAUGAGCAGACUGUCAGGCUGGAGCAGGCCACGGAGCUUAGCUAAUAUCUCCUACACACCUGGAGGACGGCCUCUCAUUGACGAUGUGGAGGAGCCUGUGGAGUACCUUUACACUGACACAGAACAAGGGCACAAGUUCAUCGAGACCCACAUCCCUCCUAAAGCCAACACCUCCCUCAGCUCCAGCGUCAGCACCAGCAGUGAGGAGACGCUUCUGUACGACUGGCGCUCUAUGCACAGAGACAUUGUUAAGAGCAAAGAGAAGGAGAACCAGGAGCCGAAGGCAGUGCCACAAAAGAGCUCCAGUGACAGUGACGUGGAAGUUCUACCAGAGACUAGAGGCCUGACAGACAAAGAGCUCCGAAUAAGGCUGCUGGAGUUAGGGGCGAGUCCUGGACCAAUCAGCAGCAAAACAAGGCCCACCUACAUGCGCAGACUGUGUCGCCUCUUACAGGAGGCAAAGACACAAUCUCCAAAUCAUCAAAAGCACAUAGACCAGACACAAUCAGAUUUAGGUUACAGCACAGAAUUAUGUCGCGUUUUAAGGACAUUUGAGUUGCCUCAAUCCCAGGAAGAUGAACAGGCUCUGUGUCAACAGUUUGAACAACCAGAUCAGAACAGGAAAUGGAGAGAGGGGAUCAUAAAAUCCAGCUUUAACUACCUGUUGCUGGAUCCAAGGGUCACCAACAACCUUCCAUUUCGCAGUCAUACCAUAACGCCACAUGAAUGUUUCAAGACAUUUGUGAAUGCAAUAUUUUAUGUUGGCAAAGGAAAGCGCUCACGCCCAUACAGUCAUCUGUACGAGGCUUUAGAGUACUACAAAGGGGAGAAAAGCGCUAAGAAACUGUGUCGCAAAGUGGACCACAUCCUCCAGGUGUGGAAUGCCGGACAGGGUGUCAUUUCCCUGCACUGUUUUCAGAACGUUAUUCCUGUAGAGGCCUAUACCAGAGAGGCCUGCAUGGUGGAAGCUAUUGGCCUGAAGAUGUUGACCAACCAGAAGAGAGGAGAUUAUUAUGGAAUAGUGUCCAACUGGCAGCAAAGAAGGAAGAAGGAGCUGGGCAUCCACCUUUUGUACAGGGCCAUGCAGAUCUUUCUGGCUGAGGGUGAGAGGCAGCUCAGACCAGCAGAUAUCAGGCAAUAAGACUGUGACUCUUAACAGUGAUAUGUUCAGUGUCUGAGAUGCAUUUCAGUUCAGAUAUAAUGCAGUAGUGAUGGGCCGAUCAGUAGCUAAAAACUGAUUAUAUUUUGAUACUCGCAAGAUACCCACAGUAUGUUUUGCAAAAAACAUCAAGAAAUCAAUUAAAACUGAUCAAGAAUAGCUUUUAAAUAAUAUUUUAACCAAUUUAUGAAACAUAAACAUUUCCAUGAAAAUAUUUUUAUGUUUUAGUUUAUCUUCAUGUACAUUACUGUUUAAGCUGGGGUGGAGCUAAAAUUAUGAUAUUAAGAUGUAUACUUCAAGGUAAAAUUGCUGAAUUUAAUUGCAAAUGAAUACAAAACUCAAAAGUGUCAUAUUGGAUCAAUAUUGCAAUAUUUCCAUAGUAUUACUUAGAUCCAUUUAAAACAAAAAUCACUGGUUUUGCCCAUCAUUACAUCGCUGUAUUUGUUUAGUUUUUAUUAUGGUUGGUCCAUUAUGUUGACCUUUUUGUUGAUUUUUGUGUAUGGUCUGUUUUCACAUGAUUGUGACCCGAGUUAGUCAUUUUUGAUAAUGUAUUGUUAAGAUGGCAGCUGUUCUGAUUCUAAAUACAAUGUUGGAUCAUGUUUACAUGUUUCCGGGGAGACAGUAGUUUCAAUAUUGUGCGUUGUGUUUUUAUAUAAAAAAAAAAAAGCUACUCCAAAGUUUGUGUAAAUUUAUGUCUGUGGUAGAGUUGCCUAUAUAGCCUUGCAUUUCACAGUUGCAAAUGCUUUGUUGUUGUUGUUGUUUUUUUUUUUUGUUUUUUUUAUAGUAGAUCACGACUAACCGUUAAUAUGAACUUAAGUGCUUUAAUAACAUUUAUUCACAUUAUUUUACUUGUAUAUUAGCAGCCUAACAUUUUUAUGACCACUAGUGUUUUUAUUCAUUACUAGUCAUAUUUCAUGUUUGUGUUUGACUUUCCUACUGAUCAGCCCUUUUUCUACUGUAUACUGUGUUAUAGGUUUUUGCCUAAAAUAAAUAGCUGGAGAAAUUCU